UUAUUUUUUUUUCUCUCUAUCUACUAAAAAUUUCCUUCAUAGUGUAUUAUUAUUACCUUUUUUUUGAACGUACCGUUGAAAAUGGAUGGUGACCAAAGUUUAUCUGAUUUAUUUGAAGAUUCUGAAUGUGAUAUCUUCAGUAUUUUAGAGGCUUUAGAAGGCGGUGGAGGUGGAGGUGGAGGUGGAGGUAGUAGUAGUAUUAAUUCGGAAUUUUAUAAUAAUACCAACAACCAGACUACAACGACGACGACGACGACAACCUCUGAUGAAAUUACGGGUUUGGUGUCUGAAGAAGGGAGGAAGAGGAAGUUAGUUUCUCAAAAAUCUACGGGUUCGAGUGCAACUUUACAAGAAGAGGAAACUCAUGAAGCUGAUACACCAAGUAGUAAGAGGCAAAAUUUAGCGGCGGUUAUAAGUGGUGGGAUAGAAAAUAAGAUUUCUCAUAUAACAGUUGAAAGGAACCGCCGCAAACAAAUGAAUGAACAUCUAUCUGUGCUACGCACUUUGAUGCCUUGUUUUUAUGCUAAACGAGGUGAUCAAGCAUCAAUAAUUGGUGGGGUUGUUGAUUACAUAAACGAGCUACAACAAGUUCUCCAAUCCUUAGAAGCCAAGAAACAACGCAAAGUUUAUAGUGAAGUUUUAAGUCCAAGAAUACUACCACCACAACUAGUCCCAAUUAGUCCAAGACUAAUAACACCUUCACCAUUAAGUCCAAGAAAACCACCACUUAGCCCCAGAAUGAACUUACCAAUUAGCCCAAGAACCCCACAACCCACAAGUCCAUAUAAGCCUAAUAAAGCUAACAAGACACUUGAACCAUCUCCUACUACUUCAUCAAAUUCUUCCAUUGAUAGUCAUGUCAAUAAUGAACUGGCUGCUAAUUCAAAAUCAGCCAUUGCUGACGUGGAGGUGAAAUUCUCUGGCGCGAAUGUCAUAUUGAAGACCGUUUCUCCACGUAUUCCUGGCCAGGCUGUGAAGAUCAUUGCUGCUUUAGAACAUCUCGCACUUGAAAUACUCCAUGUUAGCAUCAGUACUAUUGAUGGUACCAUGCUCAACUCCUUCACCAUUAAGAUUGGAAUUGAAUGCCAACUUAGUGCUGAAGAACUGGCUCAUCAGAUUCAGCAGACAUUCUGCUAAGAACAGUACUCAUUACUCUUUAGUAAUACUAGUCGUAAUUUUAGUACUUUAUUUUUUUUUUUUUGCAAUUUGGGAAAAUUAGAAGUGUCUCAUUCUAGUAGAGAUCUGACUAGGGAGUUAUAACAAUAAUAAGAGAAUGUGGGUACGUAGUUGAUCUCCGUAUAGAUUGUAAUGACUUUUAUUUAAUUACUAGUAUUCGAUCGAUCGAUCAAUUAAUUAAUUAUAUAUGACCUCCUCGAUCUAUA